CCUGGCCCCGCGCCCUCCGUCGGCCGCCUGCUCGCCCUGCUGCACCAGCUCGGCCGCCGCGACGUCCUCGCCGACCUGCAGCCGCGCAUCGAGGAGGACUGUAAGAAGUACCUGGAAAGGAAACAGCAGCAGGCAGACGCACCUCUCCAGGUCCCGGCAGUGGACAGCAGCAUCCCGAAGACAUUAGAAUUGUCUGGCAUCACAACCCAAGACGAUCCCUUCGGGAAUGAGCCGGAGCUGUUUGAUGCUUUUAUUUGCUACUGUCAGAAGGACAUUGAGUUUGUGCAAGAGAUGAUCACAGAGCUGGAGCAAACUGAGUUCAAGCUGAAGCUGUGCGUCUUUGAUCGGGAUGUCCUGCCAGGGGCGUGCGUGUGGUCCAUUGCCAGUGAGCUCAUAGAGAAAAGGUGCCGAAGGAUGGUAGUCGUCAUUUCUGAUGAUUACCUAGACAGCAGUGAAUGUGACUUCCAGACCAAAUUUGCUCUUAGCCUUUCCCCAGGUGCUCGCCACAAACGGCUGAUUCCAGUCAAGUGCAGAUCUAUGAAGAACGAAUUCCCAAGCAUCCUGAGGUUCAUUACAGUUUGUGACUACACCAAUCCCUGCACCAAAAGGUGGUUCUGGAUAAGACUGGCAAAAGCCCUCAUGCUUCCGUAAGGCAGCGCUGAAUAACCAAGUGCCUUUUGAUUCAACUCUGCUGCACCUUCAAGAAAAAGGCCUCCAAGGCUCGAGCCAUUACAAAAUCAUCAGCGCUUUGGAAUUCGAUCCUUGCCAUGUUGUGCUUGGAGCCUGCAACUGAAGAUUGGUAGCAGCAUCCUUAAAGCGGGUAAUCACAAGCCCUCCAAGGGGAAUAACAUGACAUGCUGAAAGCCACAAACCAGAGGUUUUGUCAAAUUAAUAUUUUGUAUUUUUUUUUUUUUAAACACAGAUUUGGGCUUGUAACGGGGCACUGGGGUAAUGUCUGCCAGGGUGAUAGUAACUUUUUAGCCUCUUAGUGCAGUGACUCUUGACCAGGGUGCCAUGAGAUCCUUUUAAGGGUGCCACGCAGGUGUGCAAACACCUGCACAUGAUUCACAAGGUAAACCCUGAGCUUUUCCUAUAGAAAUCUAGGGUCCAAAGCAUCCUGUCCUGUUUUGGGCUUUCUGAGUUCUUUGCGACAAAAGGAUUGCUCUAAUAUUUUUUUUAUAGUUCAAAACUGAGUGAAAACUGAGCAAGCAUUAUUAGAGGUGUGCCUUAAGUCUGAGACAGUUGAGAAAUGCUGGUGUAAUGGAAUCCAAUGGCUUUUUUGUGAUCUGCAUGAAAUGGGGCUCAACGUACUGGGCAAAUGACUAAUGUCAUGAGCAACCAUUAAUGUCAGCCCUUUUCUCAGCAGAGGAGCCUAAGGCCGAGCUGACCCAUUUGUUCCCCUGCCACUGGGCUCUGUACCACAACUGCCCUGACAGCAAGGGACAGUUUGUACUGCCCGUGCCCAGGCCAUGCACUCAAUGGGUGAAGGAUAUUUUAACAAGCAUAAAAUUCAAACUAUUUCAGCACCCAAAAGAUUAAUGGAUGUAGCUCAAUUUUAUCAAGUGUCGGCUAUUGUCAGAAAUAACCGAACCCACUUUAUUUGCUUGUCCCUUGGUCACAAUCCUUUAAACACUUUGUAGGCCAAGCUGGCUAUAGAGAGUCCCUGAUUAUCAAAACUCCUCUGAGACCCUUAGCCCUCCAAACCUGACCA